ACUCGAGAAAUUCGAAGGAGAGACUGGUAAACGCCCAAACGCGUCUUAAUUGUUUGAUCGUUCACAUUUCUUCUUCUAUAUGUACCAAAAUAAAUAAACCGCUCAUCAAUCUCCAUCUCAGUUCACAGAAACCUAAAAGCUAGCUUGAUCAUCAAUUUAAUCAUGGUUUCUUUGAAAUACCCCUUCUUCCUCUUCCUUUCUUCUCUUUUCCUCCAUGCUUCUCUAGCUGAGAUUGUUUGCGAAGAUUUGCCAAAGGGUGUGUGUGCGUUUUCGAUAGCAUCUUCCGGGAAGAGAUGUUUGUUGGAGACAGCGGUGGAGAAAGACGGGAACGUAGAGUAUCAAUGCAGGACAUCGGAGGUGGUGGUGGAGAGGAUGGCUGAGUACAUUGAGACUGAUGAAUGUGUGCGUGCUUGUGGGGUUGACAGAAACUCUAUUGGCAUUUCAUCUGAUUCCCUUCUUGAACCACAAUUGACUGCCAAGCUUUGUGCCCCGGCUUGCUCCCAAAACUGCCCCAACAUUGUUGACCUUUACUUCAAUUUGGCUGCCGGUGAAGGAGUGUUUUUGCCUGAUCUCUGCAACGCUCAGCGCACCAACCCUCGGCGUACCAUGGUCGAACUCUUGAGCUCAGGCGCUGCCCCUGGUCAACCGGUCGGUCUAGCUCCUGCGUCAGCUCCCCUGUGAUAAAGUUACUUUUACAAUAAUGGUUUCAUCAGAAUUGCUUUGCUUGGAGAUGUAAAUUGAUGUGAGGAAUAAUUUAGUGAAUUUUUAGAGAGAAGAGGGAAUUUGAGGUUUGUUUAUAUGAGUGGAGUUGAAUGAGGGAUAUGGUGUGGUGGGCAGCAGGCAGCUGCUGCUUCCUUUUCAUUUCUUUAAACAAUCAUAUUUGUUUUCCAUUCGUUAUAAAUGGUGAUCCAUAAAAAUACCAUACCAAAUUCAUAAAUUA